GGCUGCCCGCGGUCUCCUUGCCGCUGGGGCCUGGGCAGGAGGCGGUGGCGGAGCAGCGCUGGCUCGUCCCGCUUCGUGUCGGGAGGCCGGAGGUGGCUGCGCUGUGCCCGGGACGCUGCGCUGGGGCCGCCUCCGAGCUCCGCCGCCGCCUCACCGGGCUCCGGCCGCUGCUGCCGCCGCUGCCGGGCCCGCACAGACGCUCCGGCAAUGGCGGCUCUCCCAAGCCACGGCCGCCCUGGGGGCGCCAGCGGGGCCGGGCUUGUCCCCGCUCUGCCCAAUCAGCGCGCGCCAGAGCCACGAGUGACGGCAGAAGCAGCCAAUGGCAGCCAGCGGCGGGCUCUGCACACGGCACGGCCUCGCCUCCCUUGGGCUGAGCUCCGCCAUUUCUCGUUAGCCUGGGCUGAGGAGCGGCCCCGGCGCUGGGCCCGGCCCGGGCAGGAGGCCAAGGAAGCGCCGCUGCGCUGAAGCGCCGGGAGCUCGGGGUGCCCGGGAGCUGAGGGCGCUGCGAGCUGGGGAUUGGACUUAACAUCUGGGGACCCUGACGUGAUGAGCUUUAGUGAAUAGUCUGGCAUAAUCUAAGGCUGAAAAGAAGAAGAAUCCCAUGGUGGUUGCGACCAGGCGUCCGAGAGAGAUGCGUGUGGCCACAGAUUGACUGGUGAGCUGGCAGCCUUUGAGCUGGAAAUUGAUGGGAUGGUGUCCUAGUUUAGGGCAAAUUAGGGAGGAAAACUCCAAAUGGGGAUUUCCCCAGGGAAAUGUCCCCUCCUCACCAACUGGUCCGGGAAAGGGAAAAAAAAUUCCUUGGAGUGAAGUGGAAAAAGCUGUUUAUUUAACAGAAAAUGGAAUAAUAUUAAAUAAUAAAACCUCUUGCUGUUCGAUGGGAUGGCAAAUCUAGGAAGAAAAGUCCUUUUCAUGUGGUGUAGCUCAGCUCGCUCAGGUUCUUAUCAGUCCCUCUGGCGCUGGAAAGUGCCGAGGCCCAGGCCCCGGUGGGCCACAGGCGUGAGCUCCUGGGGUUUGGCUGGGUGUUCAGUCCAGAGCAGGCUUGCACAGAUCCAAGAAAAAAGGAAAAAAAAAACAACAAAGGCCUAGGGAACUCCUCUGCCUCAGCUAGCUAAAACUAACUAAAAACCAGAGAGAAGCUCUGUCCCGCUGUCUGUCCAUGCUGCAGACACCACAGUCCCGGAGCAGGAUGUGUGGGAGUGAUGUUUUUCUUUAACACAAACUGUGCGCUUCUUCUUCCCCCUCUCUUGCUCUCAAAGCCAGUCUUAAAGGUGCAGAACUUAAUAUAUAACAUAAACCAGACUAUUGGGGAUACCAGUGUCAUAAAGUCACCCCAGGACAGAUGGGCAAUGCUGUAUUAGCCCUUGAGAAAGCUACGAUAGAAGCCUUGCUCCGGAUGAGUCAGAAUGUGGGGACUCCUUUAGACCGUACGCUUCUGACAGAUGUAUUAUUUUGGGCAAAGCGGCAUAGAUUAAUCAUUGAGACUGCCGAUGUUUUUACUAAUGCCGCCUGGAAAAGGGUAGGAGAAGAUUUAUGGGAAGCUAUACAGUCUGGCUCAAAAGAAGCUCAAGCUCUAGCGAAAACAUAUCGUCAAGUUAGAUUAAUGAUAGAGCAGUUAAGUGUAGAAGCUGAAAUUGAAGCAACUGUGAAGGGAGUUUACGCUGCAGCAGAAGGAAAAGCAGCUGAAAAGUCGAGUAACAAGCAGCCAGGGAGUGAAAAUGACUGUGAUCGGAGUAAUGAAAAUAUUCCUACCCCUCAUAUGGUUGCUGCUCCAGCGCAUAAGGGACCCUAUGACGAUUUGAUUCCACCAUGGGACGGUAAUUCCCAAGUCCCGCAGACAUCGUCCCCUGUAAACCCCUCAAUGCCACCGUUUGUUCCACUGCUGCCUAUGGAAGUAGAUCCAGUCUCGGCUCCCCUAUCUCCUGAUUCCGAUACUGAAUCGGAGGCAUUAAAAACUCUAUUAUCACAGCAAGCAAGAGUUAUGACGCAGCUUUUACAAGAAGUGCAAUGUUUGGAUCGAGAUGCAAAGUCUACUACUAUAAAACAAGCAUAUAAAAAGGCACACAAUGCAAUUGUGAGUGGACUUAAGAACAUUGAAAAUCAAUUAGGAGAUGUAAAUGAUAGUGUGCCGGGACCUUCCCCUUUAACACCUAAACAGCCAUCUCCGGGGUCGUCACAAUCUUUGUCAUUAAGCAAACGCAAGGCCCUUUUGAAUUAUAUGAAAGAUGGGGAAUGGUCUGUGGAGGAGGCUGAUAAUUAUCUUUGUUCUAAAUAUGGAACUGUGGCUCGAAUAAUGCCAGAGGAAAAGAGAGAAAUAAGAGAAUGGCAGCAACGAUAUUCUCCCCAUGUUCAAGCAAAACAAGAUCCACGAUCGACAAGAGAUAAUACCUUUUGGUUGCCUGCUAAGUGGGUGAAGCCCUGGAUAUUGAAGCAGAAACCCGAAGAUGCUGGCGGUGGAGACAACAACUUGCCCCAAUAAUUGACCUCCUAGGAUAACUCACAAGAAGAGAUAAUCUGGGCACACCAUCUACAAUCAACUGUCAAGAGCUAGUUGCUGAAUUGCUAGAAAGGAGGCUCAGAGAAAUUAUUCAGCCAAAUUGUGGUUGUAGUGGUUGGCUGACAUCUUAUGUAUAUUAUGAGAAUUGUUAUCAAACAUUUUAUUCUGAAGAUAGUGUAGAACUUUUUUUAGAGUGUAAUAGGUGUAGAAGAUAGCUUCGAUAUAGCUAUUUGAGUUUAAGACAAGUAGCUAAAUAAUUUUGAGUUAACUUUUGAUCAAGCAGUAGAAUUAUUUGAAUGUGAAGAAGAGCUUAGAUUAGCACAAGCCUAUGUAAAUUUAACACAAUUAGUAAAAAGAGUAAAAUUUAUUGUAUUUACUAAAAUAGCUGAUUCCAAAUAUCGUAUUUUGUGUAUGAAGCAUUAUGAAGAGUAUUAUAGCGAUAAUGAAUCUUUGUGUUUUGAUGCCGUUUGAAACGAAUCAAAGACUAGAAACUCGAGCUAAUUUUUGGGUUACAUAGGCCAAUCGAACUAACAAUCCUGCCUUUUGUUUGCACCUGACAGCAGCUACUGAUCCUUUUCACACCUGUUUAGUUGGAGCUCCUGAGUAUAACCUUAGCGAUUUUAAUGGUUGGGCCACCAACAAUUGUUCUACUGCUAAAAACACUAGUAAUUGUACUGCCAUGCUAUUAGCAAGUUUAACUAAGUCUUUGCCAUGAGACCCUCAAGAAAUAAAUUUACUUAGUAACAAGCAGUUCCACCCCAAUGAGACUGGAUGUGUGAAAUUUAGACAUUAGAACCUUACUAGUCGUAAAAUUUAGCUUACCCCAAAACAACCCGAAUUAGCAGAUGCAACGUUUUUGUGUCAACAUCAGUCCUAUGGCUGAGAAUGUUCUCAUGUUCAUAUUUUCAUAGACGACUCUGCAAAAGCUUUACCCCCGAGAGUUUACCUUAUUUGUGAAGAUCGUGCAUGGCAAGAUAUUCCGAGAUAUGCUCAAGGAGGUCCAUGCUAUUUAAGUACUUUGGCAAUGUUAACACCUAAUGCCGAAACUUUGAGAUCUCUCAAAGCAAAUAAAGUUAAAAGAGAUAUAUCUUCUUUGUCUCCUGAUUGCAAUAAAAGAUCAUGCUGAAAAAAUUACUGUUAAUCAUAGUCCUUUAUAUGAAUAGCUAGAAUCUUAGAAAAUUACCUUUUAGAUAAAAGAAAUUAUUAAAACAAUUAGUUAGAUUUUAUCGAUUGUUAUUGUGUUACUUGUAGGCCCAUUUUGAUCCGUUGUUUGUUUGGACAUAUAUCAGCCGUAGCUGAUUCUGUUUUGAAAAAAGAGGGGGAAGUGUGGAGGCUUUUGCAGGUGUGCUUUGCUUACAGCCUCUUUACAGAGCAUGCUGACCCUAACAGUGAGCUGCCAAAGAAAACAAAGUGAUAAAUAUUCCUGCUUGUUGAGCAAGAACAAGGAUCAAACAAAGGUCUGCAAGCAUCUAGUAAUUUGCUUUAAGAUAAGGAUAGUAACAUGUUUAGAGAAGAACGAAAACAGUGUUAUAAACUAGAGCUAUAAGUUUGUAUUCUAUUUUUAGAUGCUUGGCAAAAACUAUAUAAGUAAUGCAAGAGCAAGAAAUAAAGGUCUCAG